UGGAAAAAGAAUGGUGAGUGAAGUAGAAAAGAAACUCUACAGUGCUGCAUCAGAAGGAGAUGUAACAACACUUGUACAUCUCCUUGAAGAAGAUCCAUAUCUUGUUCAUGGAGUCUUAUUUCCAUACUCAAGAAAUCUUCUCCACAUAGAAGCAAUACAUGGACAAACAUCCAUUGUUAAACAAGUGCUUAACCUUAAUCCGCAGCUAGCUUGUAUUUCGGACUCCCAAAAAUCAUCGCCUCUUCACAUUGCAGCAGCACGAGGGCACGUCGAGAUAUCCUCGAUAUUGCUCGCAAAAGCCCCAGAGAUGUGCUGGCGGCGCGACGACCAAGGCAUGAAUCCAGUUCAUGUUGCAGCCAUGAAUGGGCAAGUUGAGAUUCUAGAACAUCUCCUUGAAGCGAGUUGUUUUCCCGUGAUGGAGAGACUACAUCGCGGGCAGACUGUGCUACAUAAGCAUACUCAACUUACGGUGUUAAAGGUUUUGGUAGAUAAGUUGGGCGAUCUUGUGUGUACAAAGGAUGAUGAUAGUGAUACAUUAUUGCAUUUGGCUAUUAGGUGCAAUCAACUUGAGAUUGUACGAUACUUGGUGGGAAUCGAAGUCCUAAAGCAGGAAACAAGAAACGGGAUGGGCAAAACUGCGGUCCAAAUCUUGAAGGAGAGCCCUUCUACCUACUCACACAUAAUGUCUGUUAACAGAAGAUGAGAAGUUUUCAUUUUUGGAAGCCAUCCCCGAGAUGAGCUACACCAUGAUGGUGGUGGCAGUCCUGAUUGCCACGAUGGCCUUCCAAGCGAUGAUCAGCCCCCCAGGCGGAGUGUGGGCUGGAGAUGAUACCACCAACCCCUCUCGCAAAGCCGGCGAGGCUGUGAUGGCAUUCUACCAUCCCGAGGCGUACCGUAGCAUUGUACGCGCCAACUUGAUGGCCUUCAUGUGUUCCCUCAUCACGAUCACGCUCUUCCUUUUCCACGCCUUUGUCCAGCCCCAUUACCUGUACGUCUUGAUGUCCAUGCUCGCCAUGCUUGGGGCGCUGUUCGCUAUCUUUGUCACCUUUACACAGUCGAUGUCUACGAUCUUUCCGGAUGAUGUUAUGCGAUCCACGGGAAACAAGAUUAUGGGGGGCGUGAUGUUCGGACUAGUAGCGUUAUGGGUGUGUUUUCUUGUUGUGAGGCGUUUGUAUCUGUUCUGGCUCAAGAAGAAGAGCCUGCAGCAAGAUCUUAGUGCUGAUGCUUUCCCUCUGCGUGUUUUCUACUGGAUUUUCGACAAAUUGGAGACGCGGGGGUAUUUGAGAGCCGCUAGUCGAUUCCAAGUACUUCAGUGCAUACCCGAACUCUACGUUAGUAUGGUAUUGUCUGUUUUAAGCUAAGUAUUUACAGUUUUGACUU